CGCCCUCCGCCGUCGCACUUCCGCUCCCCGCUGCGCUUCCGGCUUGGCGCCUUAGCAACCGUUGCCAGGAGGGAGCGGGGUCCGGCGGCAGCGGCCAUGGCCGAGGUGGAGGAGACGCUGAAGAGGAUCCAGGCGCACAAGGGGGUCAUCGGCACCAUCGUGGUCAACGCGGAAGGAAUUCCCAUCAGGACAACUCUAGAUAACUCUACAACUGUCCAAUAUGCAGGCCUGCUUCAUCAACUCACAAUGAAAGCUAGAAGCACAGUAAGAGAUAUUGAUCCUCAGAAUGAUCUAACCUUUCUUAGGAUAAGAUCAAAGAAACAUGAAAUCAUGGUAGCCCCAGAUAAGGAAUAUCUUCUGAUUGUUAUUCAGAACCCAUGCGAGUAGACACACCACAGGAAGAUUUUGGGAGACUAAAAAAGUAGCUGUACUUUCUAAACUAAAAUUAAUUCUCUGAUAUUUAAUGUUCAACAUACUAAUGGGUUACUUUACUUAAUAUACAUAACCUCUCAUAACUAAUACUUUGCCAAGUUAACAUUUCCAGCUGGUAGCUGUAUAUUAACUUGUUUUUGAGCAAGAAAACACUAUGUAUAUCUUAGUAUGCAGAACAAUAAAACAAAAUGCAUAACACUU